GACACAAUCUGGUUUCCCAGCUCAAGGCGUUUCUUUCUCUCUAUCAAAUCUUCCGUUUUGCUAUCAGAAUUUCAACAAUUCUCGAUUCUCUUCUUCUACACAAGCCUUGCAAUUCCAGUUUUCAUUUGCAAAAUCUUUCAAACAAAAUACCCAAAUUGCUCGAUCAAGAUCUCCGUCGCUUUUCCUCCAUCGAAAGAGCUUUCGAUCAGAUUGAAAAGCGUUCUUCAAUUGCCCCGUGUCGAAGGCAGGUAGUUGCUGUUGAAGAGAAGAACUCUGGAAUCAUAACCUUCAAUUCUGAGAUGGAUUGGGUUUAGGGUACAGAAUGAUUAUUGGGUAUUUGAGUUCGGGGCUCUGAUUGUUUAGCCAUGUGGUUUUCCUUCUGGAGAUCCAGGGAUCGAUUCUCGUUGGAAGAACUCAGGUAUUUAACUGAUCAGCUGCUAAAGAUUCAAAUAGUCAAUGAGGUUAAUAAGGAUUUUGUUGUUGAGGCGCUGCGAUCGAUAUCAGAGUUGAUAACUUACGGUGACCAGCACGAUGCAUCAUUUUUCGAGUUUUUCAUGGAGAAGCAGAUCAUGGCAGAAUUUGUACGAAUUUUGACAAUUAGCAGGACUGCAAGUGUUUCACUUCAGUUGUUGCAGACAAUGAGCAUUAUAAUUCAGAACCUUAAAAGUGAACAUGCUAUAUAUUACCUAUUCAGUACUGAACAUAUGAACAAGCUAAUAACAUAUGCAUUUGAUUUCCGGAGUGAUGAGUUGUUGUCUUACUAUAUAUCUUUCUUAAGAGCAAUUAGUGGAAAGCUGAACAAGAACACAAUCUCCCUUCUUGUGAAAACUCAAAAGGAUAAAGUAGUAUCUUUUCCAAUGUAUGUAGAGGCUAUACGGUUUGCUUUUCAUGAAGAAACUAUGAUCCGCACAGCAGUUCGGGCUUUGACGCUUAAUGUAUACCAUGUUGGAGAUGAUUAUGUCAAUAGAUUCAUCACCAGCCCUCCUCAUGGAGAAUAUUUCUCAAAUUUAGUUAACUUUUUUAGGAAGCAGUGUAUUAAGUUGAAUGAGUUGGUCUUUGAGACAGUGAGAAGCACUGAGCUCUCAACUUCUACAAUUCUUGCUGCUGUAGAUGAAAUUGAAGACAAUCUAUACUAUAUUAGUGACGUUAUUUCUGCAGGGAUUCCUGACGUGGGAAUGUUAAUAACUGAUAACAUCUUGCGACACUUAAUAUUUCCUUUGCUUCUUCCGUCUUUGAGGAUAGAGGCUGUUAAUGGAAUUCAUAUUGGAGCUGUCACUUCUCUGUAUUUGCUUUGUUGUAUUUUGCGCAUAGUUAAAAUUAAAGAUCUGGCGAACACCAUCUCUGCUGCCUUUUUCUGUCCAUUGGAUGCCUUCUCCCGACACUGUGAAGACGGACUUAAUGGGACUAUGGCUCAAUUAUGUUGCGAAAAUAAUAGCAGCAACUCAUCCGGGAGUGAUAGCAAUGUGAGGCAGCCAUUGGAUGCUGAAUCUUUAAGAAAAGAAGUAUCGGAUUCAUCUGCUUCUAAACCUGAGUUAGAAGAUGGGACUGUGAAGAAUGGUUGUCCCGGCUCCCACUUGGAAUUAAGGGAAGCUUUGCUUUCUCAUAUUACAAUUGGGGACGAUGUGCAAGUCUUGGGUGCUUUAAGCGUUCUGGCUACACUAUUGCAAACCAAAGAACUGGAUGAGUCAAUGCUGGAUGCUAUCGGAAUUCUUCCUCAAAGAAAACAACAUAAGAAAUUGUUAUUGGAAGCCUUAGUUGGUGAGGAUUCCGGCGAGGAGCAACUCUUUUCUUCAGAAAAUACCACAGUGAAAGGUGGCAUCCAUAUUGAACUUGAUGGUUAUCUACAGAAGCUUAAGGAUUAUGGCAUUUCAUCUUUUCUUAAAGUAGGUGCAAGCCCUCGUAUCCAUAGGUUUGAGGUGCUAGAUGCAUUGGUCAGCCUCUUUUGUCGUUCAAAUAUCUCCGCAGAAAUAUUGUGGGAUGGGGGGUGGCUUCUGCGUCAGUUGUUACCUUACAGUGAGGCGGAGUUUAAUAGUCAUCAUCUAAAAUUGUUGAAAGAUUCAUAUAAGUACUGCGCUUCUGAGCUCCUAAAGGAAGCUAGAGGGAUUUGGUCGGAUUUCCUCAUUAUUCUUCUGUCAGACGAGUGGAAAAAGUGCAAAAGAGUAAUUGAAGCCCCAUCACCAAGGAAAGAACCAAAAUGCAUGCUCUUGCACCAUGCGAAGGCUUCUGUUGUAGAUGAUGCUGUUCCACCUGAAUCAUCAUUCGCUGCUGGUCAAAGAAUGUCUGAGUUGGUUAAGGUAUUUGUUCUUCUACACCAACUUCAGUCAUUUUCCCAUGGCAAGGCUUUGUCAGAACAGCCUGGUAUUGGCCCUCCCUCGGAAAUUCCUGAAUGUUCCCGUGCAAAGGUUGCUGAACUAGAUGCUUCGGGACCUAAACCGGGUGCUGAGAUGAGACUUGAUGGUUCUGUUCCUUGUAGAAUUGCGUUCGAGAGGGGAAAAGAGCGCCAUUUUUACUUUCUUGGAACCUCUAUGGGAACUUUCGGGUGGAUAAUUCUUGCUGAAGAAGUGCCAUCAAAACCGAAUUAUGGAAUUAUUCGAGUCGCUGCACCUCUUGCUGGGUCAAAUCCUAGAAUAGAUGAAAAACACUCAAGGUGGCUGCAUUUGAGAAUUCGUCCAUCAACGUUACCCUUUCUGGAUCCUGCUAAACACGGUACCCCGUCAAAGUUAAAGACGAAACCGUUUGUGGAUGGGAGAUGGAUCCUAGCAUUCCAGGACGAGGAUUCUUGCAAAUCCGCUUUGUCUAUGGUUCUGGAGGAGAUUAAUCUGCAAAGCAAGGAGGUAGAGAGAAGACUGAAACCAUUGGUCGAUCUCGAACGAGCUGUAGAUUCAUCGGAUGCAUCUGUAUGUUCUUCUAAGACAUUGACUUCUAAUGCAACUCCUAAUCUAUUGUGAGUAUGAAUGAAUGUAUCAAUUUUCAUAUAUGUUAUUCCCCUAAUAAUAGAAUUGCUUAAUCACCGGGUGAUGUAUUAUUUUAUGUAACCACCCUUCUAUAUGUUCAGCUCCCUCCCUACCUCAGAAAUGCGAAGCAAAGAACAGUAGUUUUAGCAUCUGAGAGUUUGUAUCAUUCUUUGUAUAGUCUUUUUUCACAUCAUUUGUUGACUGGUUUUAGCCCUUCAUUCUUUUCUUGAUCUAACCAUAUAGUUGAUUGAACCUUAAUGUUGGUGCAAUUUCCCCUAAGCUUUUUUCA